AUGUCUGACGAAUUCGCCGAGGAGGCGUCGAUUAUGAUGGAGAAUGCCGAACUCAACUUUGCAGCUGAACACAAUGGCCACUUCGAACGAGGACCAGGUGCGAACUUUUAGUCUUAUUUGACAGUUUUUUUGUUAAUACUAUAUGUUAAUCUUAUUCAGUUACACCACCCGAGGUAACAGAACCUUCUACAUCUGUUUUAAACGGGCCACCCACCGAUGAAGGCACGGAGACUUUUAUUGGUACCGAAUCAGCGGCGAUAGCCACCGAAAAGUCGGACAAAUCAUUGGCGGAAAGUGAUGGGGAGAUAUCUUCGACAUCAGAAAAGGAUUCACCCAAACCUUCUCCCAGAAGAGUUAAAAAGCGACGAUAUUCAACAGGUGCAGAUAACGACAAGAAAUCUGAGUCUCAUGCAAAGUGUCAUUACAAGUAAGAUUCAUUUGUUUCAUAGAUUCUUAUUAAUGUAGUGAAAAUCAUGUUCGUCGCACUACAUUCAAGCCUCGAAAUGGCCCAACAACCCCUGAAUUGGACAGUAAACUAACUCAUCCUCUUAUAAAGGCGAUCCGGCAUGUAAAGACUAUGCCAAUAACAGUCGCAUUUGAUCUUCUUUUGUCUAUUCCGCCAACAGAUAUCUCUCAACUUGGUAUGGAGGAUGUUUUGGAGGUUCUAGAUGUGAUGAAGGAGUUCAAUGAUAGAAGGGAAGAACUAACUGGGAACAGAAUUGAAUUAACAAAAGAAGUUAGGCAGAUUUGUGAUCAAGAGAUCCAACUGCUAACUGAUCUCGAGCAUGUUAUGACUCCAGAUGAGAGAAUAAAGUUGGAACAACUGCGCAAUUGCCCUCCAAGCAUGGAUGAAGUGGUCCCAGUAAAGGCCGAGAUCGGUAAAUAUUACUUAAACUUAUUUUGUGAUUUUUAGAUCCUUAUGAUGUAAAUGUGCAAACAAGUGCAAUCAAAUUACCGGCGGUUGAUCUCUUGCCCCCUCCAGAGACGCCAUUGAUUGGACAAAUCGAUUCUUCGUGGGAUCCAUUGGUUAAGCACAUUCCUAUGGAACUUCGGGGAUUCCUACCUCCACAGCCUGAGCACCAAUCGGUAAGUAUUAGCCAUUGCUGUCUGCAUCGCAUAGGAAGGUAACUAUAUUAAUUUACGUUUCAGAACGGAUCCCAAGAGAACGGAUCGACCGUGAUUCCACCGAUCGAUCCAUUGACCAACAAUAUUCCAUCGAAUGAAUUCCACAGUGACGUUCCACCAGCCUCUUCAUCCCAACCAAAGAUUAUCACAUUUGACAAACCCCCACCAAAUGUGGAAUUGCCGCCUCCUAACAUGAGUCAGCCUCCUCCAUCAUUGGCAUCCAUAAAACCAAAGCCCUUGGACACUUCUGUUCCCCCACCUUCACUACAUCAACCCCCUCCCGAUGCGUCUUCUGUCCCGAUCUCAUCUUCCGGCGCCUCCGGGAGGAUAUCACCGGUCUCAGCAUUCCGUCAAAGCAUAAAGCCUUCGCUCCUCAGCAGCCUUGUGAACACUUCUGUUCCUCCUCCUAACCUACCGCCACCAAAUCUGAAUGUUCCUCCGCCUAACUUAUCUUUACCACCUCCAAGUUUGAAUCUUCCUCCACCAAAUGUCAAGGUUCCCCCUCCGAAUUUGGCAGUACCACCUCCAAAUCUGAAAGUCCCACCGCCUGUAAUGGAAUCGUUAUUAGGUCCGAAGCCGCAGUCCACGCCCAAUGUCCCGGGUUCAAUAGCUUCGGCCUCGUCUCCAUUCUCAAUUCCACCUCCCCAGAUCAAACAUACGGUGAUGCCGAACAAACCAGUCCCGUUAAUGUCUAUCGAGCAUCCUCCUGGCUUCGUGCCCAGGAUAAAUCAGACGAGAAGACAGCCAAAACAGAAGACAAAGCCAUCAAACUCAUCGACUCCCACUCAGAAUCUGAGCACGGCUUCUCCAGCUGCAGCCAAGACGCCAGAAAAAAGUUUCUCAGAGACAGAAUUUAGACCAACUCUUGACGCUUCAGGAGAUAACGCCAAGUCAGAAGACGUUGGAGAUAAUACGGCUUCGAAUGAUUUUGAAAUAAAAGAAGAAGUAAAACCUGAGAUUGUCUAA